GGAUGGAAUCACGACCAGUACGCAGAAAACGACACAACACUGAAGAAAGUCCGGGUUGUUUGGAUGAAAGAACUUAAUCCCGAGGGCCGGCAAUGGAGAGCCUAGUGCACUACAGUUAUCCUGCCCACGCCCUCUCCAUGCUGGGGCUGCUCAAUGAGCAGCGUCUCCGAGGCCACAUGUGUGAUGUGGUGCUAGUUGUGGCGGAUCAGCGGUACCGAGCCCAUAAAAGUGUUCUUGCUGCCAGUAGUGAAUAUUUCCAGUCCCUCUUUACCAGGAUGGAUGAUACGGCACUGAAGGUUGUAAACCUGGACUUCUGUGAGCCUGAUGCCUUUGAAAUAGUUCUGAAUUACAUUUACUCCUCUUCACUUUUUGUGGACAAAGACAGUCUUUCAGCUAUCCAAGAGCUCGGGUACACCUUGGGAAUCCCUUUCCUCACCAACAUAGUGUCCACAAGGCCACAUGCGUCAUAUUGCAUCUCUAGAAAAAGACUGACCUAUACAGAAGGGGAUGACAAUGAUGUCCAGACAAGGAGCGUCAUUGUGUGCCGUGUCAGGAAUGAUGCAUCCGAACCCUCUUGUCCAAGCCAUCAGACAAAAUCAUCUGAAAGCUCAUCAUCUCUUGUCACAACAGAGUUGACUCAGCCUCCUUUAGAACUUAACUCCUGUGACUCAGUCAGAAACUCGGAACCAAUCGCGAGUAAAUCACCCGAACAAAGUGAAGCUUCUGGAAGGAGGUCCACCCACCCAUCCAUUUUCAAAGGGAAUCCAUCAUACAACUCUUCUAUGAGGCCCCUGCUGAAAACAUCCGCAUCAUUCAGUGAUGCUGAAUUGGAGCAUAUUAGACUGCCAUCUUGCGCAGACCCGGACAUGAAGCAGUCUGGGGAGCAGGAGCAAAGCUACAGCACCAAAGUGUCCUUUCCGGGUCAGGCCUCUGAACUGAACCAGAAUAUUGACCGGAGUGGGCCACUCAUAAAAAGUUUACUUCGUAGAUCGUUGUCUAUGGACAGCCCUGUUCCAGUCUUCUCACCCACACUGGAGCUCAAGGAGCUGCAAAAUCACGAACAGUCAGUCGUUAAAAUGGCAUCGAAGGCAUCAGAUUCCGAAAUAUCUCCUCACAAUGGCAACGCGAGAACAUCUCCCAUUAUUCUCAAGUCAAAGUGUCACAGCAGACGUGAUGGACAAACUCAGGUAGAAAGAGAGCACAGUGUGAAAGUGGAGCCCAGCAGUCCACUCGCAGACCCCCGGGACAUCAUUCGAAUCACAGUUGGCGAAGCUUUGCCAGUCAAUCUUAAAAACAUGCAAACCAAUUACGAACAGUGUUCCAAGGCUAGCUUCGUUCCUUUUGGGAAACGAAAAGAGAGGUCAGACAACAGACGAUACCCAUUCAAGAAGAACAAAAUAUUUAAGGAAUACACCGUCUCCCCUGAAGAGAACACGUCAGAAGUUGUGUCUCAAAGCACCACAGACGAGAACAACGACGAGUCGCCUCCGAACAAGAUUUUUACUUGCUGGAACUGUUUCAAGGUUUUCAGGUCCAGUGCCGGACUACAUCGACAUGUAAAUAUGUACCACAACCCUGAAAAGCCGUACGCUUGUGACAUCUGCCACAAGCGCUUCCACACUAACUUCAAAGUGUGGACACACUGUCAAACUCAGCAUGGUGUCCUACAGAACCCAGCAUCAUCUUCCAGCUCCCCGGUGAUGGAUGAUAGAUUCCAAAAGAAACUGAUAGACAUUGUCCGAGAGCGAGAAAUAAAGAAAGCUUUGCUCUGGAAGCUAAAAAGGAAUAAACAAGCUUUGCAGUCUUCCACCCUCUGCAAAAAGCGAUCAAGGUCCAACUUUGUAUGUCCCUAUUGUGGGAAAGUGUUUGUGUUUCAGUCACAGUACAGGCAGCAUUUAAGGACACAUCCUGCAGAAAAAGCUGACAAGGACACAGAAGGGGAGAACAUCCUCUACCAGGAACAGGAUGGGGUGAUUCACCAGAAUGAUUCCGAUGCUGGUGUUUAUGCCUGUAGACUCUGUAAUAUGAAGUUGCCUUCACUCAUCGAGCAGGGUGAUCAUGAGAGGGGUUGUCGGCAUUCCACUGUAUGCCCGUACUGUGGCCUCAGAUUUUCAAGUCCAACAGUCAAGAAAGACCAUGAGGUGCACUGCAAGUACAAGAAACUGACAUGUCUGGAAUGCAUGCGAACCUUCAAGUCCUCCUUCAGCAUCUGGCGCCACCAGGUGGAGGUGCACAACAACAACAUGAUGAAUAUUAAGGAACGGAUGAAUCUGAGGCAACAAGAGCACAAUGAAGGAAUGUCAGAAAUUUUCUUAGAGGAGCAUUACACGAGUGAACCUCUUGCCAGAGAGAGCAGUAUCUACAAUGACUCCUCAGGCACACCUAUGUAUGAUUCAGAAGACUCUUCAUCCUAUGUGCCUGAGGACCUGAGCAUGGGCCAUCAUGGGAAACUAGUGGUGAAAGAAGAGCCGCUGGAGGAGGCUCUGAGUGAGCGGGAAGAAACGGAGACCAGCCAAACAGGACUGGAAGAACCUGGCGUGUGGCCUUGUGAGAAAUGUGGAAGUCUUUUCAGCUCUCGAAAAGACCUGGAGCGACACCAGGAGCUCCUGUGCCACAUCAAGCCCUUCAUCUGCCACAUCUGCAACAAAGCCUUCAGGACCAACUUCCGCCUUUGGAGCCACUUUCAGUCGCACAUGUCAAGCGCGAGUGAACACGGAGUCAAAGAGAUGGAUGGGCACCCCCCACAUUUCCCCCCCUCCCCUCCCAUGACCUCUCAAAACUCUGAACGGCCCUCUCCACAGGCCUCUGUGCUCACCCAAGCCGGGCCCGUCGUGGUUGCAACGGGCGAUGAGUCCAGCAGCCCUGAGCCUUCCAUGUCAUCGGUGAACAACAACAAGAUCCAAGCUCAGUCUGAGCAGCAACCUCACAACCAUAGUCCCGUGUCAAGGUCAAACAGCGUGGAGAAUUCAAGUGGGGCUCAGGAUUCAGAGACCCUCUUUUACCACGCACCAUCUCUCUCUGCAUUGACCUUCAAACGGCAGUACAUGUGCAAACUCUGUCAUAGGACCUUCAAGACAGCUUUCAGUCUCUGGAGCCAUGAGCAAAGUCAUGGCCAUGUGUAAAAGUUCAUUUAUCUUGAGGGUUCAUACUCAAGCAUCAAAUACGCAAACAAGCCUGCAAAAGGCAUACUUUGAAUGUAUAGUUUACUCGCUUGCCUCCAGCGUCCUAUAUUAAGGUGGCUGUGUUGAUUUGGUUGUCAACAGACAGAGUAUUUGGGCUACACUAAAAAGCACAAAAAAAAUGAUAAAAAAAGGUUUGUUUGUUUUUUUUCCCCAGAAGAAGAAUCAUAUCUUUUUCUACAUUUGAAAAAAAAAAAAAAAAUCUGAAUCAAGUGAAUGUCAAAAUUCCCACACAAACAAGCGAUACAGGAGGUGAUCUCAGACUGUGUAGUUCAGGUGUCAAACCCAUUUUUGUCGUGGGCCACGGUUUCCCUCAGAGGGUCGUUGUGACUUUGAAACCAUAUAAAUGUUUAAUCACCUUAUCAUAUCACAUAUACACAACAAAUUUAUGGCUAAUUAAUUUUGAAAUCAGAUGUCAAGGGUAAUAAUUUGUUCAACUGUUGUUAAAGGUUUUGAUAAUUUCUCAUGAAGUAUGACAUUUUAAAAUGUUUCAGAUUUUUGCAAGAAUUAUGGAAAUUGAAGCACAUGAUUUGCUUUCACAGGCCACAAAAAUUUAUCUGGCAGGCCAGAUCUGACCCCCGGCCUUGAGUUUGACACCUGUGGUGUAGUUCUUUCUCAGGAACAGACAAAACAUUAAAUUUCUCAUACGAGGUUUUAAUGUGCUAAAACAUUGACUAUUUAAUUUAGUCUUACUUUUGAAGGUCCCGUAUUUUGCCUAUUUACAUAGUGUCACUGUCUAACAUGGAUUUAGUAUAAAAGGGUAAAUUUAAUUUAAGAAAAUACCUUGGUUUUGUCUACACUAGUCUCCAGAAAAAGCUCAUCUGACAGUUACUUCUGUUUGACCCAGUUUUGUAUCCACUUUUGGCUAAGGCCGCUCCCUUUCUUCUGAUUGGUUCACUCCAUUUAGAAGACCCAUUUGUGAGAGCACACGUGUUUGUUCUGUUGAUAGCGCAGAAGCAGAGAAGUAGGCGGAGAUCUUCAUUUGUGACGAAGAUAAGCUUGAGAAAUUUGAAUGACCUGAUUUCAGGCCUCCCGGCAGAAAAACAUCUAGGACUAAGGAAUCCGUGGAUGAUUUUAAUUCAUAUUUCACGUUUACUGAGGCACGAUAGAGCCAAUAUAACAUCCCACAUACUAGAAAAAGUUGGUUUGGUAAAAUAUGAGACCUUUAAGUGUAUCUUCAGAAGAUCCUCCACAGUUAUCAUUCUUAGUGCACAUUUAUGUUUGGAAUGUUACCUCAUUUUUGUACAAUUAUGAUUUUUUUUUUUCAUAAAUGAUUACUGCUUUCUCAUGUCACUAUUUUUUUUAAGUAUCAUUUUUUUUCUUUCUUUUCAGUGUGACCCUAAUACUCUAUUGUAUAAACAUGAAUGUGAAAACGAAUUCCAGAUACUUUUUGGGCUUUGAAAAUGGAUUAUUUUCAGGCCAAAAUUAUCUAGUUCAACUUGUCGUAGUUGCCUAAUUGUAUUUACAUGUGCGUAUAGGUGUUUUAAGAGAGCAAGAUUUUUGAAGUUGUAACCCAUGUUACUUCAGCUGUACCACAUGUGACUUCUAUGAGUAUGGACGGGGGUAUGAUCACAUGCAGUUUUCUGCGUAAAUGUUUUCGUUUAUCUGCUGCAGUUCAAAUAUUGGUUCGUGCUUUUGCUGUUGUAUCAGAUUUCUUGGUGUUAUGACCUUUCGAGAUUCUUCACGUCAUGCACUCUUUUGCCUUUAUAUAACUGGGGAGAUGUCAAAAGGUUCAAAACUGUUUGAAUUGUACAGUUGUGACUUUAGGACUGAUGCAUGUAUCUUAUUGCUCUUCACUUUCUUCACACAUCAAUUUAUAUUACAGACAUUUUCUAACUAUAGUACCUUAAUGUAACAGCAGCACAUAUCAAACAUUGUAUACAUACACCAAAACGUCUCAGGUUGUUCAAGCAUUUCAGAACACUGAUAUAGGGAGAAACCAGGUUACAGUCACUGCUAAUUUAUCUUCCUAAAUAUUAAUUAGUUGAUUAAGAUGCAUUUUGUACAGUUUAAGUAGGUGUCAUCUUGUAUGUUGUAAAAAUUUGUUCUCAUGGGAAGUGGCAUAGACUGAAAAGUUGUGUGUUUGUGGUCUGAAAAGUUGUGUGUUUGUGGUCCUCUACUUUGCAGAGUAUUUGACUCUGAAGCUAAUGAAUCUGUGAUGUGCGUUAAUAUUAAACCUAUUGUUUUUUUUUUGUUUUUUUUUUGUUUUUUAUCUCUUGAUUAAUAGGUCAUCAUGGUAAUUAAUUCACAAGGCCCCAAAGGCAUAGCUCCAUUCAGUCCAAGUACCCUUGAGUAAUGUAGUGGACCUGAUGAUACUGUGUCAUUAGUGUGUAGAUAAGCAGGUUUCUUUCCUUUAAAAGCGUGUGCCCUCAUCAUUGCAUGAAUGACGCAAAACUGUAAAAGUGCUUUAAAGAGAAGUGCUAUCGUGCUGUGAAAAAGUAUUGGGCCCCUUCUUAAAUUCUUGUAUUUUUGCAUAGUUUCCCCAAUUUAAUGUUAAAGAUCAUCAAACAUAUGUAGAUAUCAGACAAAUAUAACCCAAGUGAGCUCAAAAUGCUGUUUUUGAAUGGUGAUUUCAUUUAUUAAGGAAGAAAGACUAUUCAAAGUUCCCUGCCCCUCCAUAAAUAAGUAAUGGCCCCCUAAACCUAAUAACUAGUUGGGCCAUCCUCAGCAGCAACAACUGAAAUCAAGUGUUUUCUGUAACUGGCAAUGAGUCUUUCACAUCUGUGGGGAUAUAUUGGCCAACUCUUCCUUGCAAAAUUGGCUGAAUUCAGCAAAAAUGUAGGGUUUUCGAGCAUAAAAGGCAUUUUAAAGGUCAUGCCACUGCAUUUCAAUUGGAUUGAAGUCUGGACUUUGACAAGGCCAUAUUGAUUUUGACAUUCAGAAGUUGACUUGCUCGUGUGUUUUGGAUGUUUAUCGUGCUGCAGAACCCAAGCACUUUCAGCUUGAGGUCACAAACUGAUGGCUGAACAUUCUCCUUUGGAAUUUUCUGUUAUAGAGCAGAGGUCACGGUUGCAUUAAUUACAGCAAGUUGUCCAGGUCCUGAAGAAACUAAGUAGCCCAAAAUCAUCACACUACCACCACCAUCUUUGGCGAUUGGUAUGAUCAUCUUUUUCUGAAAUGCCGUGCCACAUUUACGCCAGAUGUAACGAGACACACACCUUCCAAAAAGCUCAACUUUGAUCUCGUCAGUCCAUAUAUUAUAAUCUCCCAAAAGUCUUGGGAAUCAUUCAGAUAUUUAAUUUUUUUUGCAAAAGUAAAACGAGCCUUUAUGUUCUUUUUAGUCAGCAGUGGUUUUCGCCUUGGAACUCAGCCAUGGAUGCCAUCUUUGCCUUGUCUCUUCCUUAUUAUUAUUGUGUCAUGAAGACUGACCAUAACUGAGGCCAGGGAGCUCUGCAGGUCUUUAGAAGUUGUCCUGAGUUCCUUUGCGGCCUCCUGGAUGAGUCAUUGCUGUUCUCUUGGGGUAAUCUUUGUAGGUCGGCCACUCCUGGGAAGGUCCACCACUGUUUCCAUGUUUUUUCCAUGCGCGGAUAAUGGCUCUCCCUAUGGUUCGCUGGAAUCCUAAAGCUUUAGAAAUGGCCUUUGUAACCCUUUCCCGAUUGAUAGAUGUCAAUUACUUUAUUUCUCAACUGUUCUGCAAUUUCUUUGGAACGUGUCAUUUUGUUGCAGCCUUUGUAGAUCUUUUAUCUGACUUCAUUUUGUUGGGACAGAUUCUUUUUUUAAGUGAUUUCUUGACUGUACAGGUCUGGAGGUAAUCAGGAUUGGAUGUGAUCAGUGAAAAUUAACCAAAAAUUGUGAUUUGCCACAAUUAAUUAAUGAUUUCACAAAGGGGGUAAUUACUUUUUCACACAGGGCUAGGUGACUGAAUUGGUUUUGUUUUGUUUUUCCUUAACAAUUGAAAUCAUUUAAAAACAGCAUUUUAAGUUUACUUGUGUGUGAUAUUUGCAUUCGUUUGAUAAUCUGAAACAACGUGGGAGGAACUGCAAAAUUAUAAGAAUAUGAGAAGGCGGCCAAUACCUUUUUGUGGCACUGUAUAUAAAGUCAGCCUGUUUACCAUUGAAAGCAUUCGCCCCUGGAUACUAUGCUAAAAAUGAGUACAAACGAAUCAACGGUAGAUGUGGAGGCUCCAUUCGUUAUGCGAAAUGAAUUUAUUUCGCAGCAAAGCUUGAUAAUAGUAAAUGUGUCGUUAAUAUUGGAUACUGAACUGAUAUUAGAUAAUGUAACACAAUUCUGGACCUUGGCUUUCCUCAUGUCUACUAGACUUGAAAUUUAUAUCAAAAAAUAUGUUAAAAAUAAUUUCUUAUCCACAGGCCACCUCAGUAAGUUGACUGCCUUCCCCGUGCGACCAGUGUUAGUAUUUGUACAAGCAAACAGCUUUAUAUUUCACUGUUGAGCUUAUGCAACUUACAGCCUUUUUAAUAAUACUAGGUGGCAUGAUGACUCCUCUCAGGUGGUAACAUCUGGAACAGUGAGGCACUCUGAGGCGGAAGAGUUUAUUCUCAUGAGGUACAUUUUCCUGCUUCCUACAGUCACUGCUGAUUGUGUUUUGAUUGUAGCCUAGAUGUUUCACAGUUUAUUCUUGUACUAGUGCAUACUUUUACUUCUGCUUUGGCUUGAUUGUAAAAAUGUGGAUGAAUUGUGAUACAUUCGGGAGCUGCCGAAUUCAAAGAGCGUCCCACUGUGGCAAGACAUUUGUCGUGGCGGAUUGGAUUUUUUUGGAGACUCCAUUAAUACCAGGGUCAGUAUCGUUACAUGAUGUGCUUUUGGUGUCCUCAUCAGAAUCACUCAGUCAUUAUGAAAAUGUAGCAGAAUAGUUAUGUUCUGAGGUCUCAUUAGAAGUGGCCAAACAUUUGAUGACAUACCAGUACAACGAGAAGUCUCUUCCCUCAUAGAAGCCCUGAUGUUUACAGUGACAUCACAACUGCGUGUUGUCUUUUAAUGGAUGCUGAAACAGUGGCUAAUUACAGAUGAAAUAUUGACUUCAUGUGUGUAGUUGGAUGUUGUCAAGCUCAACGUGUCCACUAUCAGUGGAAUAUCAACUGAUAUUUAAAAAAAAUAAAUACCUCAGAAAUUUGAAAUAUAUUUAACAGUACAGCUUGCUAACUGAAUCAUGUUGCUAAGUGACGGUCCACAUAAAAUGUUAACAUUCGCCAAAAAUGUCCAGCCUGGCAUCGUGCAUCUUGUCAGCUAGUUCACGUAUUUUGUUGUUUGCAUGCACAUUGUCUGCUUGCUGUUUAUUAUAGAUUUUUUUUUUUUUUAAAUGUGGGAGCUUGAUCAAUAUGUAUUUCUAACAGCAUAACUGACAAUGCAUUGAAUAUUAAGUUCAAUGGAGAAUCUCAGAUUUUUGGGGGGUGAAAUGGGGACAUCUCAAAAGCUCCUUAUCGUGAUAUUGACUCAGUGCGCCUACAUUCUUUGUGAGAAACACUUUGUGUACUGUUCACGGAAAUAAUUAGGGUUGUGUACAUGCUUGUGUUUCUAAAGUUUUGUACCAAUUUUGUUAAAGUUUUUAGUACACAUGUGCUCGACUUGCAAUAAUAUUUGUAUCAGCAUUGGUUGUGCUACUGUUGCUUUUUUGCAGCUGUUUUUUUCUACAGUUUUUGUGCUUUAUCUCUGUAAUAAAGAUUUACAUUGUAUAUGACAAUGUAAACAUUUGUAUUAAAUUUCAGAAUGUGUAUUGAUGCCCUAUUGAACAUGUGAAUUGUUGAAAGAGGCCAGUACUUUUAACCAACAACAGUUAAUUUUUCAUCCGGUUUAUAGCGGAGAGUGCAUGUUUCUCUUCGGGGUGUUCCUUUAACAGAGCAAAACUAAUGACCUUUUCUAAAUGUAACAUACACAUGUAGGUAAAUGUAAGACUAACACCACAAUGUGGGACUUUACAGACUCAUCAAAAAGUGGACUAAACAAACUUUGUCCGGUUUGCUUGUAACCUUGAGCUUGGGGGCUCAUAUGGAGCUCAGCUUGUGCCCUGGAAACUAGGAAGUGGAGCUCAGGAAUUGUUGCUGUUAUUUGGAAAACAGCAUACUGGAAGGAAACCCUAUUUUAUUCCUGCAUCAUCAUACUUUCCAUGUAUGUGUAGUGGAAAGUUUCACAUGCAUGGGUUCUUGUCACCCAUACCUUACAAAAACAAACUAGCUGUUAAUUGUCCAUGGGUACAGUAUUUGGAAAAAAGCUUUCAUGGGAAGAGAAACCAUUUUAUUUACACCAAAUGAUAUUUCAUAUUUAAAGGCAGCAGAGUCGGCAAUAGAAUGUUCAAAGUACUACUACUGUUAAGGUUGCAUUUCCGGAAGGUGUCAGGCGAGAGGAUAAGGAAUUACCUAAAUAAUGGUACAAUUAUUUCAUAAUCAAAAACAAUUGAUAUAAGUGUAGAGAAAAGUACUUAGUCUAUGCUUAGCCUUGUACCGUGAUGUGUGGCGCUUACAUAUCAGCACUGUUGUCUUAUUAUGAUUACAAGCAAUACAUAUCUUGUGAAUAAAAGGAAGAUA